CUUGAACAUAAUUAAAGGUUUCUUGCAGACCCCCUAAUGAUGUCCAGCUCUAUAAGUGUCUAGCUCGGCUGGGGUUCAAGUGAGAGUUGUCUGCAGCCCACCAAGAUUUAGCCUGACAGAACUGAGGUAAUGGCAAUCAACUGGUUUGGUGAUUAUAUCCACCACAAGCUGGUGGAUAGCUGGGUGGGUCCAAUGAUUUCUGAAAAUAUCUGAAAUUGUGGGACAAUAACUAUUCAUUUCAGGGGAAAUAUUUGUUCUUGCUUAAUUGGGGAACAAAAGUGAACAAGAGCUUAGAAGACUAUUGCCUUUCAGUAGCUGCUAGGAAAUCGGUGUGCAUGAGUGUGUGUGUGUUGUGAAUUUGUGGUUGGUUUCUUCUCUGAAAAGUCCUGUGGGAAAGUCCUGUGAAAAUCACAGCUUUCUUUUUGCCCACUAGUUGACCACUGCUAUUUCUGUUCAGAAAAGAAGCAUGCCUCUUGAGACAAACGGAUCACAAUGUGUACUCAUUUGUUUCUAAAUAUUAGGCCAAUUCAUCAUGAGAUACUGAAUGGAUCAUUAAUAUUGUCUGACAAGAUCCUAACCUGGCAGGCAAAAAGCAAACAAUGUUGAGUUCUGAAAACAGUAGGCAAUGAAACAGCCAAAUGGUUUUGCACAGGUUGAUAAUUUACUCUUCUAGUGUUAAGUAACAUUUGUGGAGCACUUUGAAGAUGUAGGCUAAUUUGAUGUGCCAACUGUGGUUGUGUCUUGACUUCUGGACAGUCGCUGUCUUCUGAAAAGAUGUUUUGUGUGUAUAUGUGGAGUUGUGUGAGAGAGAGACAUUAAAAAAAACACAUUACAUGCCUAUUUAAGUCCCUUAGAAUUGUUAUAAUAGGAUGUAGAUGAAUAUUUAACCUAUUAUAACUCUUUCAUACUAGAACUGAAUGGAAAUACAAUGUGAUCCUAAGCAUGUUUACCCAGUUAGUCCCAUUGAGUUCAAUUACAGUGCAAUCCUAUGUGUGUGGAAGCUGAGCAACACAUUAGCAAGGUAGACUGUCCACUUAGUUGGACCGGAAGCCAAUGUAGCUAUGUACUGUUGUGCAUGAGGUGUGUGUACGGUUGUGGCUAUAGAUACCUGCAAUAUCCAGUGGUGCUUCUAAUUAAAUUUAGGUCCUUUACAAUGUACAGCAUAGUCAUAUGGGGUCCCACGUUAAAUGGCUAUGAGGCACAACAUUCCCCUUCCUGUCUCCUCCACCCCCACCAUCCCAUGCUUCUGCAUUCCUGAUAUGUUAGCAAACAAGUUUGCCAAACGUGAUUGGGGGGUAGGGAAUUAUGGGCAUGUGCAGUUUUGUAUUUUAAAUUCACUUAAAUCAUAGCACCAUCAUGACCACAGGAAUAAAAGGAGGCUUGCUUUCUCUGUCUGAACAGUAAACAUGCCGUGGCCCCAAGUCCAACUCCAGCUGCUCCACUGUCAGUAAGAGCAUUUGUUUCUGCACAGAUGAAGAAUUCUUCCAAGAAGAAUACUUGGAAUAUUCUUCCAAGAAGAAUACAAAUACAAUCAAUUAAUUAUAAUUAUUGUGAAGGUUAACUCACCCUAGGUCCAUUACCUAUUCACUGGAUGAAUGUCCUAGUCCAUGCUGCUCUUCUCCCUUAUUAUAUUCAGCACACACAGAAUGCCAUACAAGAACAUGGAAAUCUGAAUUUGGAAGAUUCUCCCCCUCCCACUGCAGGCUUGCAUGUUCUCAAUGCAUGCCUGGUCAUCCCGCCCUCCCUAUGGAGAGAUCUUGAGGGAGGAGUACAGGGGGGCGGGGGGGGGGACAGGAACAUCUAUUGCUCAAGCUCAUCUUGUACUCACUUGACAUAGGAUCUACAACCCAUAUUUGGUCCCAUGUGUCUUAACAGAUUUCUAUAAACUAAGAAAAGAGAAGGAGACAAUGAAAGUUUGUGGCUUUUUGUUCCUGUUGAGCUUGUUCACUCCCCGGCUUGAUGCUAAGCCUGGAAUCAAAGUGAAGAUCACUCAGAAAGGUUUGGACUAUGGUGAGUUUGAAAUAUACAGGUUCAGACUUAUUAUUCUUCCAUGCCUCUAUUCAUUAUUAAAAUAAAAAAUUAGAAGGAACCAAAUACAUUUUGAGAACAAAAAGGAAAUGACCCUCAUUAAUCAGCACAAUGGUUUGUUUGCUUUUUAAAUCAUUUUUAUUUGCUUGCCAAUGCCAGGUUGUCUGUGUUGUUAACACAACACGUGUGUGUGUGUGUGUGUGUGUGGGUGUGUUUAACAAACUGACUUUUUUGCAAUUAACAAAAUGAUAAGGAAGUAUACUUAAAGGUGUGGGAUAAUGAUUGAUUGACGGAAUAAAGAAUAGCAUCUGCACAGACAAAUCAAGAUGUUCAUUGCUGUGAGCUCAGUAAAGAGCGGAUGUCUCCACACAACCUUUGUGCAAGCAAAUCAGGGAUUGUGAGACUUGUAGUUCAAAAGCAUCUGGAGGGUCACAGGCUCCAGACUCCUUUCACUCCCCCAAGCUCGGUAAAAAGGUAACUCUUUAAAUCUCUUUAAACGAAGAACGUUCUAUAAUUUGGGAGUCAUAACUGAGAAAGCUUGGCAUCUAGUUGGUAAAUAUCCUAACCUGGAACAACAAAAGUUGCUGAUUAAACCUCAGACCGCAAGUGCACCCAUGGAUUUGGGGGAGAUGAUCCUUAACCUGUGAAGGUCUCAGGCCAUGAAAGGCUUUAAAAUAGGGUUAGAGAACCUGUUGUUCCUCUAGAUGAUGUUGUAUUACUUUUGUCUUUCCCAGGGAUAUGGGCAUCUUCCAUGGGUGCACGCAUGAACCAUAAUCCCCAGAUUCCUAGCUUUUAAAUGAAAGUUCCUAGGCAUUGUAGAACCCGAGAUACAAAGCCAAAUGUACAGUUCCUCCCUUUUUUGUGAGCAAUUAGCCCGCUAACACCUUGCAGUGUUUUGCUGCCCAUUCCCAGGAGCAGAUUGCCCUGUGGUGCAGCAAUAAUCUCACUGUAGCGUUCACACUGUCAUUCACCUAGAGGGGAAGGGAUAAAAUGGCAAAUAUAUCCCGCAGGGGGAGAAAGCGUCCGAAUUAACCUUCUGGCCAACAGCAGUACUGCUGCUGCUACUGGGAGGCUAUUGUUGCAGCUUCACCCCACCAGGUGAGCCACUCCUGAUCAUCCAUGACCCUUGCCCAGUUGGCUGGGGCUGAUAGGAGUUGUAGUUCAGGAAUGUCUGGAGUGCCGCAAGCCUCCAGUUCCUAUUUUAAAUGCUAAAACUAGCACCCUUAAUUGGAUCAAGAGGUAAAUUGGUAACCAUUGUAUCUUGUGGGGAACAAUGCAUGACUCUCAGUGUGUGAUAAAAGAUAUACAGCAGCAUGAGAGCGUCUGAAUCAUCUUCAAGGGCAGAGUGCUGCACUAAUCAAGCCUGGAAGUUACAGACGCUUGGCUUAACAUAGCAAAGGACAGAUAUAUCCCAUGGGGAGUGGGGGGGAGAGAGAAAGCCUCCAUAUUAACCUUGGAUGAAAGAAGUAAUUGCUAGCAACCACUCCAAACUGAUCUGCAGAGCAGGAGAUGGCAAAACAGACAUAAAAAACUUAGCUUUCUCUGUUCUGUAUUCUACGCAUCUUUCCAGCCAAAUAGAAAGUAAGUGAAAUAUCUUCUUUGCUUUGUAGGAAAACAGCUUGGAAUAGAUUUCCUGGAGCAAAGAUUAAAGGAGCAAACCUUUGCGAAUGUGAGCGGUCAAGAGACAUAUGGAUAUAGUGGCGUCGACUACACGCUUUCAGAGUAAGAAAGGUUGCUUCCACACUAAGCCCCUUUAGCACAGCUGAACUAUUGCUUUUCUGCAUUCAGAAAAUUAAAAUAGUAGUUUUGCACAUGUGAUUGCAACAGAUCAAUAAAAACCAGGCUUACUAGCUGCUUUGCUUCUCAAUAUUCUCUGGUUGGCCUCUGUUAUUUUCUCCUACCAAUAGGGAACCUACGUAAGGACUCUAUAUGGGCUAUUGGAUACCCCAUAAGGGGAAAAGGGCAGGUUUUUGUUUACAACACACAGCACUUACUAUUAUCCAGCAUUGCCCUCCCUUAUGGUUAAGUUCCUCUGUAAUGUUUAUUCACACGUAGGUCCCAUUUAGUGAAGGCUCCUGCAAUGUUAGUUAGUAGCUUCCUCCGGGUUGGUGACGUCUUUUAUUUCUUCCUGUUUGGUUGCACUACCGCUUAAUUAAGCCUUUUCCCCAUUGUUUUAAAUGGGGAUGGGGAAAGUAGCUGGUUUGUAACCACUAGCCACACACCUGGCACACCAACACAAUGCCAGCCAUGACUCCCAGUGACCAUAUGUUCAGUGUCAGGGAGCCUAUGGGCAUGUAUUUAUCUGUACAUGCAUAAGUUUCCUUCUCAAUAUUGCCUGAUAUAGCACUGUGGACAUAGCACUUUAUGCACAUUAGUUUGCAGGAGGCACAGCUAAGAUGCAAAAUCCUGCCAAUCCUCUCCCACAUUUAUUAUUACACCAAUGGGGGAUAUCAAGAGUGCUUUAAUCAUCUUUUAUUUCCCAUUGGAGAGGGAAAAUAAUAUUAUUACUUUCUGUUAUCUCAUUUCUAGCAAAAGAGUGUUAUUUUACCAUAAAGUGGGGGCGCUAAUGAAGCCAGCAAUUUAAAACUGAGUGCUUCCCACCUUUCCCAGGGUGUCCCUGGGAAUGUUGGAUGGUAUUAUGCAUGAUCUACCUCAGGGCAGGGACGUGGGUGGCGCUGUGGGUUAAACCACAGUGCCUAGGACUUGCCGAUCAGAAGGUCGCGGUUCGAAUCCCCGGGAUGGGGUGAGCUCCCAUUGCUCGGUCCCUGCUCCUGACAACCUAGCAGUUCAGAAGCACGUCAAAGUGCAAGUAGAUAAAUAGGUACCGCUCCGGCGGGAAGGUAAACGGCGUUUCUGUGCGCUGCUCUGGUUCGCCAGAAGCGGCUUAGUCAUGCUGGCCACAUGACCCGGAAGCUGUACGCCGGCUCCCUCGGCCAAUAAAGCGAGAUGAGUGCUGCAACCCCAGAGUUGGUCACGACUGGACCUAAUGGUCAGGGGUCCCUUUACCUUUACCUUUACCUUACCUCAGGGCAGGAAAUGUCAGACCUUGGGACCUCUGCCUAAUCCACAUCUCUCACUGGCUCUGCUGUGCCACUUCUCUAAUGACUGUAAUAUGUCUUGGAAAGGUGAUAAAUGUCUCUUGCUUGUCUGUAUGGAAAAUGUGGCCACACCAACUAUUGAUAUGUGGCUCCCAGAAGGUUGCCCGCAAGGGAAUGUGUCCCUCAGGCUGAAAAAGGUUCCUCACCCUUGAUGUACCUUCAGCUCAAACAUGUAAGAUUUAUGUUCCUAGAUUUUCCUGGAACGUAGCCUUUGCUAACGUGUCUCUGUGUUUUGCAGGAUAAAAUUUGAUGCUGUUGAAUUCCCAAAUGCAUCAGUGUCUCUGAUACCUGGGACUGGGAUUAACCUAGAGAUCAAGGAUGCUGCAGCAACCGUCAGUGCACACUGGAGAGUGAGGUCCUGGCUGUUGUAAGUACAGUUGUGCAGGGCACUGGAGGUGGUGAUGUUAACUGCAGUAAUCCAAAUAAAAAUGGGCUUUAAUAAAGGAAAGGAAAGUAGGCAGCAGGCUUCAGGAAACCCCAAGCAGCAAUGAAACCACUGAGGUGGAAGAAGAGGAGAGGAAGUGUUUAACCCUUUCCUUGCCAGUAAAGUACUGAUGAAAUUUGCAAUUUUACAAAUGAGUGAACAUAAGAACAUGCAUGCAUAUGCUGCCAUGCAGUUAACGCUUGUGGGGGUUUUUUGGCCCUCAGAGGCAGAGUCAAUAUUGUGAGUUAAAAUUCCUGCAGCCUUGAAUCUUCUUGGGAAACUUUGGCCAAGCCACUUCCUAUCCCUUUUCAUAGGCUGAUAAUAAGAUUAAAGGGAGACAGCCCCCAGUGUAUGGCACCCCGAGCUCCUUCGAGAUAGGGUGAGAUAUGGAGGUGGGGCUGUUUACAUGAAACAUACAGGGAUUUACUGAAAGCAGGGGAAUAAUAAUAAUAAUAAUAAUAAUAAUAAUAAUAAUCAUUUUUAUUUAUACCCUGCCCUCCCCAGCCAGAGCCGGGCUCAGGGCGGCUAACACCAAUAAAAUUUCAGUAAAAACAUAAUAAGAAAAGGAAAAAGGAAAAGAAAAAAAAAUAUUAAAAUACAGGUUAAAAUGCAAUUUAAAAUGCAGCCUCAUUUUAAAAGUCAAAACCAUAAGGGGAGGGAAACAUAAGGGUCAGACUGAGUCCAAACCCAAAGGCCAGGCGGAACAGCUCUGUCUUGCAGGCCCUGCGGAAAGAUGUCAAGUCCCGCAGGGCCCUAGUCUCUUGUGACAGAGCGUUCCACCAAGUUGGGGCCAGUACUGAAAAGGCCCUGGCCCUAGCUGAGACCAACCUAACCACCUUGCGACCUGGGAAAUGUUGUCAUUUGUGUGUCACUUCAUCCUUGGUCAAAGAAUCUGUGUCAGUUUGAGCAUGAAACUUUAGCAACGCUGGCACGUACCUGAAAGGAAACAGUUUAAGCAGAUGCAUUAUGUUCCAUUCUUGUCAGCAGAAAUUCUGGAACACUGACAGUCCACAUUUUGGGUGUAUCGCUCGCAGCUGUUGUUUCAGUGUCUCGGGACAAUGCAAGUCACGCAGUGCUGUUGAUUGAAAGCUGCGAGGCAAAAGUUGACAGUAUUGACAUCGAACUGGAUAAAGAUGCUAGGUAAGGUAGAAAAAGGAUUUUCGGGGUGUUCACCUUGUACCUGUGUUCAGUGUAAUAUGUGAACAAAACAGAUAUGUGCCUGUUUUAGGGGUUCUUUCAGCUGCAGAUGAUAAAAGCAACAGCCCAUUCUUGGCUGUUCUGCCUUAAGCUGGAAGUGGAAGAACAUCUCUGCUCCCAGGUUUCUGGAAUCCAAAGGACAUUUGGCAGCCAAUUCAUCAAAAAAACCCACCCCCUAUUUUCCAGCCUCAAAUGGUGAAGCAGCUAUUUUCAUUGGGACCUUGGUGUGAGGAGAAAAGUGUAAAUAUGUAUUUACUAAUUAGUUAAAUUCAUAACCCACUGUUCCUUCCUAGUGGGCUCAGGUCUGGUGUGCUCUGGUCCAUGGGGUCACGAAGAGUCGGAUACGACUAAACGACAACACCCCACUUGUAUUUCUUUUUGGCAGGUGCAGGGAGGGGGAGGAGAUAGAAAAAGAAAUAAGACAAUGCUGUUUGGAAAGAGAAGCAUUAAAGUGAUACUGAUUCCUUGAGAGGAGAGAUGGACCAUAAAGAAAGAAAUGGCUAGAGUGAUUUAAUAACUGAUACACAGUAAUAUUGUUAGAGAUUUGGGGGUAAACCCUAGAAAUUAAUAAAUGCCAGAGUUUUUGAUUAAUUGGGGAAUGGAGUCAAACAUAAACUGCAGGGCUGUGGCAGACAGGGAAUUCCUGGGCUGACUUAUGCAAACCAGUCUGGCUGGCUGACUGUUAGCAUUAUAUUAAAGAGCCACUGAGGGUCAUCAAGAAGACAACAGAACUUCUUGUCCAGGUGUGACCAGAGACUGGAGAUUUGGAAGGUUGUCAGGGUAACUGCUCUGGGGGGAGGGCAAGGUGCUUCUGGGAAGAAGAGAGAGGAAGAAAGUUUGAGAUCCAUCUUGCCAAGGAGGAAAGAAGAACUACUUGCAAUGCUUUGGGCCAUGCUGUAAGAUCUGGACCCCCGCCAUGCAGACUGAAGGUAUAAAUACGUAAAUAAACCCUAUUUCUCAAAGUCUCCACCCACCGUGUCAUCUGUUCUCCAAAGGGACACAGACCCUGUAUGUGUGCCUGUGACCCCAUGCGCUCUGGCCAUGGUGGAGAGAGGGGCGGGCACCGGGAUUUUGUAACAAUAUUAUUUCUUUUAUUUUCCCCCCAGCUGGCUGUACAAAUACUUUGUUAAUCAUCUGGAAAAGCCUAUCUGUGACAGUCUGAGCAAGAAUGUAAGUCUUCAAGUAUUACUAUAGUGUCCUUCCAUCACCAUCACUCCUUCAGUAACUGUUGGCCAGAGCAAUAACUGCUACAUGUAUUUAUACAGAUUUGCCCAUUCAUUGGUUCUGAGAUCGAAAAAAUUAAUGCAGAACUGAGAGAACACAAAGGUAGGUUGCACAUGCUUCAUCCUUGCUACUUGCAUGGCUUCUUAAAAGAAGCUAAAGGGUAUCCCAAUUUCAUUAGAGCUUUUAAGUGAUAACUGUUAUGUACUGAAGUUCUCACCCUGGACCAGCAGGGGGAUACUGUAGAUAGUUUUCACUCAGGUCCACGUCAGUUAUUUUAGGUGGGAAACCCUGGGUUGUUGUUACUACAAUGUUGACAGCCGGCUGCCUAUAAAAGCAGGCCGGCUGAGCUGUUUGUGGGCAGUUCUGUUCCAGCUUACAAAAUAAAGAGCUGCUUUGGAGAAAUCGCUGUGUCGUCUGCCAUGUCUACCCACUAUUCAACAAUAACCACAUUUCCCCAGGAACAAUAUUACACAGUUUCAGUGCUGGGGAAAAGCAAUACUAAUUCAAGUAGCGAAUUAAGGUCUGCACAACAAAUGGAUGACCAGUGCAGAUUGCACAGGAAAGCCCCUGGUCACAUGCUUAUGCAAUUGUUGCAGCAGGUCUCGGCAUGUUCUCUUAAAAGAUACUGCAUGUUCCUAGCUCUCAGUUUCAACAGCAGUGCAAGGUAUGUCCCUGCAUAUGGGAUAUCUAGAACCUACAUAUGCCGUAUUUUUCGCUCCAUAAGACGCACCUAAUUUUUAGAGGAGGAAACAGGGAAAGCCCCGUUUUUGGGGGGAUCAGCUCACAGUUGUGCAGCUUCUUUAGGAAAGGAAAGGGAGUCGUUUCUACAGUUUCCAGACAGCUAAUCUAAUCAGCCAGUCACAUGUCGCUGGGGAAACAAACAGCCUCUGUCUACAGAAUAUUCAACAAUGGAGGCCUGGGCAAGGGGGCGGGCUGGAUAGGGAGCCAGCGAGCGUCCACACAUUUUUCGCUCCAUAAGACGCACAGACAUUGCCCCUUACUUUUUAGGAGGAAAAAAGUGCGUCUUAUGGAGCGAAAAAUACAGUGCACAGACAGACCUCAGAGUUUCAUGCUCUGCUUUGCUUUUCCCUCUUCUAAAAGCCAUAGUAAGGUGUUUUGUACAGCCAACUCAGGGUUGGAAAACUUUUUUUUUUCCGGAUUGAGGCCACAUUCCCCUUGAGGUGACCUUCCAGGGGCUACAUGCUAGCAGUGGGCAGGGCCAGAGGCAGAAUGGGCAGAGCGACACAUGCCAAUUUUACCUUUGUACAGUAAACUAGUUUCUACGUGUGCUAUCUGUCUCUCUUGCCUUCAUCCAGGCUUUAUCACAAUUCAAGGACACAUUCCAUCCUGGCAAAAGCACCUAUGGAGGGAACAAAGCAGAGCCAUAAGGGUUGUGACCUGGAAAAAGUCUCAAGGCCCAGAUAUACAAGCCUGGAGGGCCAGAUUUGGCCCCUGGGUCUCAGCUUCCUUACCCAUGAUUGUAUUACUCUUGUCUAAUAAUAAUAAUAAUUCUACAGAUAACAGCAAAAGUUAUUCAGGUGCUAAUCUUUGAGUAGCUGUGGCUGCAGUCGUUCACACACUUAGGAGUAAGCUUGGAUAAGCUUAGUGGGGUUGUGUACGUACAAGAAAACGUGCACAGAACUGUGUGCCUUCCCACUGGAAGGAAAUAUAAUUUGAAGACAGUCCUUAUAAAAUUACUUUUAAAAGGUCUUGUCAAAACCAUUUUGGAUCCUGCUUAACAAGUUAAUAGAGGUAUUCGUUUCACUAUCUCAUCACGGCUGUUUUGCCCCCUGUUCUAACAGUCCAAGCCCAGAUUGAUUCUUUUGCACAAGUAGACUACUCGCUGGUGAACUCUCCGGUGAUCUCUGACACAUCUAUUAACUUUGAUAUAAAGGUAACACAACUGGCUGCUAUUUUUUUUUGGGGGGGGGGGAACUGCAUUGAGGCAUCUCUGUUCUUGAAUGAAUGGGUGUGAUGGCUUUAGUUAAAGAAUUAUUUUUAAAAACACUUCUUUGAGUGUGAUGGAGAGAAGGCUGCCAGCAGCAGAAACAAAGUCUAGAGGGUUAGCAGGAAGAACGAGCCUCUGGACUACUCACAGUAAGCAAUGCUUGUGCAUUGAGUCCCCUCUUGUGAUUGCUACCAUUUCAAGCACCUACAUGCACAAGCAACCUAUAAUGGCAAUGAUGGCAUUACCUUUCCCAUGUACCAGCUCCCGUCAGCUCCAGAAAGUGAUGAGGGACAGGAACACCUGGAGGGCUACACAGGUUUCCUGUGCUUGACCUGUAUUAAUCCUUCAGCUAGCAAUGAUUCAGCCAGUGUGUCCCUAUGUGCAAGGGUCACUGAUGAUCCAUGCUCUGAUAGCUUUUGUCCCUGGUUCUGAAAUCCAAAGUCUGAGAGUUGUUGUUAUUAUUAUUAUUAUUAUUUUGUCAUUCAUGCAAUUCUUUGCAGGGAACAAUCUCCCCGGUGGGAAAUGACCUAGAGACUCCCUUCAAGCCUGCACCAUUCAAUAUCCCAGAUGAGAAUAACUCCAUGCUCCAAAUAGGAAUCUCAGAAUAUUUCUUGCAAUCUGCUUCACUCGUUUAUUACGCUGCUGGGGCCUUUGAUGUCUCUAUUGCAAAGGAGGUGAGAGCAAGUUGUAGAAGGUGGUAUUUCAAAGGCACCAACUGUUGUCUUUUGAAAGACUGUUUAUAUAGCCUGUGACUAACUAGAUCUAACUAAGGUGAUGAGAACCUAUAUCCAGAUAAGGUAAAAGGUAAAAAGGUAAGGACCCCUGGAGAGUUAAGUCCAGCCAAAGGUGACUAUGGGGUUGCGGCACUCAUCUCGCUUCAGGCCAAGGGAGCAGGCGUUUGUCCGCAGACAGCUUUCCGGGUCAUGCGACCAGCAUGACUAAACCGCUUCCGGUGCAACAGAACACCGUGACGGAAACCAGAGCGCACGGAAAUGCCGUUUACCUUCCCUCUGCAGCGGUACAUAUUUAUCUACUCGCACUGGUGUGCUUUUGAAUUGCUUGGUUGGCAGAAGCUGGGACAGAGCAACAGAAGCUCACCACGUUGAGCAGAUUCGAACUGCUGACCUCCUGAUCAGCAAGCUGAAGAGGCUCAGUGGUUUAGACCACAGCGCCACUCGCUCCCCUUUUACUGUUUUUAUCCCAAUAGCAGGUAAGGGGCUCAUAUAACUGAAUGUUCAUCAGUUUAAAAGAAAUUCAAUCCACAUGGAACUAGCUCCUUAUCCACACUGGUACAAAAUGUGGAUUCACACCGGACUGUAGGGAAGUGAUGCCAUCCCUAUCCCAGGGUUGUCCCAGACCUUCCCCCUUUGAAUGAGGGUAUUUUGAUCCUAGGAAAGUCUGAAACUGUCAGGAUGGGGGCAGAAAAUGCUGCACAAUAGUAAUAGCCUGGACCAUGAUUAGGUUAUGGCCAUACAAUGUGCUUGAUUCACAUAUUGAAGACCAUUAUGCCGGGAGGGACAAAGCAGCAAUGGAGCUCCUUUUGCAAACAUGAAUAUUAUCUGCAGGCUAGUAAGAAAAUUGAUUUAGUACCAUAGUUGCUUCUUUUAAUAAUAAUAAUACUUGCUUGUCACAAAGUUCUAAUUGGGUAGCCUAAUUUUAUUCUCUUUUCCACAGCUUUCCUCUUACUUCAGAUUAACUACAAAUUCUUUUGGCACCAUUAUCCCUAAGGUAAGCACCUUUAUAUCUAUAACCGUUGUUUUAAGGGAAAUGUUUUGUGGGAGUUCUUCUGCAACAGAGAAUGCCUGCCUCAAAGCAACUGUUCUGACGAAGAAUUUAUUUGCUAUGUACUUCUGGGUUGGCGCCUCUGGCAAUGGCGGAUUUCCUCCGAUCGGGAGGAAUCCACUCCGUGGAAAACAGGGUCUGAAUCGCCACGGCGAGGCGGAGACCCAUUAAAAACCACAGGCGGGAGAAGCCUGUGGACGUGGGAUUCGGCCAGCACCUUUGCGCCCCCCCUACUCGCGGGGAAACCCGAUUUCGGGGUUCCGGAACGACGUGGGGUGAGUGGCGCGGUGCCUUGAAUCGACUGCUUCUUUCACGGAGUGAAGACGCAUUGCUGUUGCUGGAGAGCGCUGACUUUUCCUGUGGACAAUUGGAGCUUAAAUAACUGUCCGUGAGUAGAACGGAAAAUUGGAAUAAGAAAUUUCUUUUAAUUUGGCACCGAAGCGGGAAGGUCUAAACAGGAAGUCUGCCUUCCGCUUUUUGUAAAUAGACUGAAGCAAAGACACGGCAAGCUAGAGCUUAGAAAAUCAUUGUAAAGGAUCAAUUUUCAUCAUUUAAAAUUACUGAACCCCCCUUGGAAGCAGGAGAAGAGGGGGGAACUUUUUCUGGACUGAUUAAACUUGCAGAAGACAAGUAAAGAAAAGCAAUUCUCCACCGUUCUGAACCUGGGAGCGGGGUGUCAGGACAGACGUCUUCGGGAAGUUCAUUGACUAUAGACAAACGUUUUUGACAGAUAGUUCAAAGAAGAGAAACAUAUUGAUUCCAUUGUUCCCCUUCGCAUCUAAAAGGAACAAAAUAUUGACAAAAUAUCUGAUAAAGGAAACUUUGUUGUUAGAUUUGCUUUUAAAAAAAAAAAAGGAGAGAGAUGGAUACAAAUAGAAGUUUUUUCCCCUAGAGGGAGCUUGUGAAACUGUUAUUAAAUUCGAACUGGGAGCCUUGCAGCUGCAAUAGAUUAAGAUCGUGGGAACAGACUCUGACCUUCAACAAUAAUGUAUUCGGAGGCUCUGGUGUUGGCCUUUUGUAAGACAAGUGCUUUAUUGGAACAGUUACAUGAGAAGAUGGAUUUGAUGACUGUUGGGAUCGGAAAGUUUGGACAGGCAGUGGGUACUUAUAUAGAACCCACUCAGGAGUUAACUCAGGAGUGUGCUUUGACAGAUCAGAUGAGGGAGGAGGCUGUUGCUGGACCUAGUGAGGCAGAGAUGGAGGGAACUGUGGCCCAGCAGGAACAUGAGUUGUUGGACUUGAUGAAUGAACCUGGAGAAAGCCAGAUUUGGAGAGACAGAGUUCUGUUUGGUUUGGAGAUGGGGGGCUGGAUAGACCCCCCCUAUGCAGGGAUGUUUUGACCUUUCAAGUCUGGCUUUGGGCUGGGAGGCGUCCGGGGUUGUGCGGGCCCUUAACUUUGGAGGGACUUUGAAACAUGUUUUUAAAUACCAUAUGGAGUUCAGUGUUGACUUUGGAAAAGGGGCUGAUCUGUCGAGAAGGGACAAAAACAUUGUCAAGCUGGAGUCUCCCCGAGUGAAAGGAGCAGAAGACAAAGUAAAGGUAUAAAUAUGAAGAAGAUCUGCGGAUGGGACAUGGAAGAGAUCCAAGGGCCUCGGAUAUAAGGUUACCAGGUUGAUGGACUAGAUGGAUGGGAUAGAAAGGACUGACAAAACCCGAGACCAGGAGAAAGAAACGUUGGAUGAAGAUUGGAAGAAAGUUUUAAACAAUUUAUUUAGGAAAAUUUUGUAAAAGUAAAGAGUAUUAGAAAAAUGUUGGAAUGAAAUUAUUUGGCUUUAGCAGAAAUGUUAAAAAGAAUUAUGUAAGAAUAUGUCAUGGUUAAGAGAAUUUGGUACAAAUAAGAUUUUAAGUUUUAAGUUUUACGGCCUUUUAUGGUAAGAUACGGUUAAAAUAGAUUAAGGUAAUUUAAUGACAGAAUAUUAUGAAAGAUGGAAAGGAUUUGCUGAGAUAAUUAACAACUAGAAUACAAAAAAGGGAGGUAUGAGGAGGUCGAUGAAACAAUGAUUUGGGAAUAUUGGAUUUGUUUUUAAAUUUUUUGUCUAUUUUUGUUCUUUGGAUUUAACCUUGGGAGAUUUGUUUUGCUUUCUCUAUGUAAUUCCGUUAAUCCAAUCUAAUCCUGCUCUCAAACUCUUGGUUGCUUUUAAACUUCUACAGAUCGCCCGUUCUUACAAAACACCAUGCCCAGUAAUCCUGGAUCUAAAACCAACGGCAGCCCCUGUGAUCAGACUGCAUAAUGGCAGUGCUGUUCUGGAGAUUGCUGGUUCCAUGGAGGUGUUGGUAGUCCUGAAGAAUUCAACCACCCAAUCCAUGUUCACCUUGAGCAUAGUAAGUGCCACACAGAAGCAGAAUAAUGUUCAAGUCAUAGGCUCCCCUCCCCUAUCUGCCAUGACCUGUUGCUGUUUAGGGUCAACGUCAGAAAUUGGCACCACAAGCAACGGGUGUGCGGAAUGUUGAUCAGGAGUGAUCUGAGUGAUCUGCAGUAAACUGGCAAGGACUUGGGUCUCCUAACUGAUUAAAAAAAAUAGCAAAACCAAAACAGCCUCAAACCUUUAUUUAUUCCAUAAAUGCAUCCAGCUAUGCAUUGCCAGAAAAGGUUUGCAUCACCAAAGUGGACAAAUGGGGUGGUGAUUUGCAUAAAAAUACACAUGGUAACUUACAUGUAUAAAUGCAAAUUUAGAAAUAUUUCUACACUAGUGGCCAAAAUUGUGGAAACCUUUUGGAAAAAGUGUAUUUUCCAAAAGGUUUGAUGGCUUAUAACACCACUUUUUUGGCGUAAUACCAUAAAAUUAUAUAUCAGUGGAAAGAUAAUUUAAUGAAGAAUGCAAUGCAACAAAGUUUGUUCAAUUAUCUGUAUUCUAUCAAAAGUUAUAGCCAAAUAACCAGAAAAAGGAAGCACAGCUUGCUUAGGUUGAUUUGCAGUAGCUUUCCUUCAUUUGAAUGUAGCCAAUGAGCAUGAGUGUUUAGAGAGCCAAUCAGGUGUUAUGAGAACACACUUUUCCCAAAAGGUUUCUACAAUUCUGGCCACUAGUGUAUAAUUUAAAUAGAAAUGCAAUACAUCUAACCACAGUGGGAAAGAAAGCAGGUGACUUGUGUGGCUCUUCCCUCUGCUGACCUGGUUGGGCAACAUAAAAGCUCCUGCUCGCCCCUUUUAAUAGCUCCUCAUCAUAAAUCAUAGCAGAAACCAAAAAACCUGAGUACAAAUUGGUGCUCAGACUUUCUAAGUACAAAUGCAAUCUGCAGGAUAGGCUUUGCAAAACUUGCUCUGCUUGGAAAAGCAAGAGAGGUAACAUUGGGGUGGGGAGUUGGAUGAAGCAGGUAGAGUAACUGACCUUCCCCCUUUUACCUUUCAAAAAGGCCUUGCAUUUUUACCUGUCUAUACAACAGGAAUACUCUAGGUGGUAAACAGAGAUAUUUCUUUCACACAGACUGCCAAAACCCAUGCCAGCCUGAAUAUAUUUGAACAGAAACUGAUACCUUCUCUAUGUCUGGACAGGUAACAAAAUUUAAAUGGUUGUUUGAAUGGUAAUUUUUAAAAAAGCAAUUAUGUAAAAAUAAAUAAUCUUCCAGCUAAUAUGUUGGCAUGGCUCUAUUACAGGUAAAAAGAAGAUGUUGCUGGACUAUUACUCCCAUCAUCCCUGACCAUUGGCUAUGCUGGUUAUGGCUGAUGGGAGCUGGAGUCCAACAGCAUCUAAAUUAUUGUCAAUUAGCUAUAUCUGUGCUUGUUUGAGUAAUCCAUCUUGAUCACAUGGUUCCUCCCAAAAAUCCUGGGAUCUGUAGUUUGUUAAGGGUGCUGAGAUUUGUUAGGUGACCCCUAUUCCCCUCACAAAACUACAAUUCCUAGAGUGGUUUAACAAUUAUUCCUUCUUCCAAGGGAACUUUGGGAAUUGGACCAGUCAGCCUUUCAGCCUAACCUACCUCACAGGGUUGCUGUGAGGGGGAAAAAGAGGAGGGGCAGAUCUAAGUAUGCCAUCUUGAGCUGCUUGUAAGUGGGGUAUAUAUGUACAAAUAAGUAAUGUUUUUUUCCAAUAUUUCCUUUCCUUUCACAGUUUCCACCUAUCCUUGACCCACUCCAAUGUUGGCUUCUUCAAGGUAUAAAGAGGGCGGGGAGUUAAAGAGAACAAAUCAGAUGCAGCUUGUAGAUAGAGCUGAAUUGUCCUUGCCAUUUUUCUGAUCUAACCUCUUUUCUGAAGCCAUGGUUGUCCUUCUGGAGAAAACAGGCUUUCCCCAAAGGGGUAAAUAGCCUCAUUGUGUGGGAUAUAUGCGAUUUAGUUCAGGAAAACAGCACAGAGGGAAAGGGUAAAAUAGCCCUCCCCUCCAGAACCAGUUCCAGAGCUGCUUUCGACAAAGCAAAAGAAGUGUCAGGAGACACGAUCACAAAUCUCCUGCUUUUAAAUGGUUCCACGGAGCGGCCAUAACCAUGGGCUGAGCUGUUGGUGUGCAGCUGCUGUUUGCUGUGGAGACUGACUGUGUUUUUCUGUCUUUGCCAAAAUUCACUGCACUCAAGACCUGCAAUAGCACAAAUAAAAUGGUCUGAUCUGUGUGGUGAAUGAUGGCAUGAUUUUGAAAGCAGGAGGCGCACAGUGAGCAUAACAUGUCAUGCAGUGCUUAUGCGCUAAUGAUUAGAUCCCCAUCAGAAAUGACUUAAAAUCACAACAUAGGAACCAGUCCCUCUCUCUCUUUCUUACAUCUAGAUGCUGCCUUCAGUCUACAAAACUUCCUAGGGGGUGGCCCACAGCCAUCAUAAUACAAUACAGUGGUACCUCGGGUUACAGAUGCUUCAGGUUACAGACGCUUCAGGUUACAGACUCUGCUAACCCAGAAAUAGUACCUGGGGUUAAGAACUUUACCUCAGGAUGAGAACAGAAAUCGCGCGGAGGCAGCAGGAGGCCCCAUUAGCUAAAGUGGUACCUCAAGUUAAGAACAGUGUCAGGCUAAGAACGGACCUCUGGAACGAAUUAAGUUCUUAACCACUGCAUCAAUAAGAAAAGCAAGAGUGGGCCUUGUAAAAUUAUCUCUUAGCGGUUCUCUAACUGGAACUGACAUAACAUUUUCUUUGUUCUUACUCUGGGUGCUUCCAAAUAUGGAUGAUUCAGGCUGAGUACACACUAUACCUUUAAAGCACAUUCAAAGCACAUUAUGUCCUUCAGAGAAUUCUGGUUGCUGUAGUUUAUUGAGGGUUACUGGGAAUUUUAACUCUGUGAGGGGCUAACUACGGUGUCCAGAGUUCUCUGAGGAAAAGAAGGUGCUUCAGAGAUACAGAAUGUUCAUAGCAGCACCUAAUCAUUGCAUUUUUUGAAAGCAAAUCAACUGUCCUUGGAACUAUUGUGUGUGGAGAAAGGGUUAAAUGUGCCCCCCCCAACUGAACUGCUGUUAAGAAUUCCCCCUUUUCCUUGCUGCCUGCAAUUUUGGAGGAGAGGGGCAAGAUAAUUGAUAGGAAGGCAAUGCAAUUUGGAAUGGGAAGGCAAUAGCGCUGGUUACGAGAGAGAGAGACCAAAGAAAAUGAAAUAUCUGGAGCACAAUCUAUAUAGGUCUUUACUGGCCUAUAUCUGCCAGAACAGCUGUGAGAUAAAUCAUCUCCGCCUGAUGAAUUAUUAUUAUUAUUAUUUCAACAAUUUGUAUACCACUGAAUCAGUCAUCUCUAGGCAGUGCAGCUGCUUUGUUGUGUUAAAAUGUCAAAUUUUGAGAGACUGGGAGAAAAUAACAGAAACUGAACAGGAGAAACAUGGAAAGAGGGUGUUUUGCUCAUGAUGUCAAGCAGAUGCUUCACAAAAAACAGAGGACAAAAGUGUGAGAAAUCCACAAUAAAUCUCAAGUGUAGAGGCAGCCUGUGCCACUAAAUCCAAAUUCUCUCACAUGGCAGGUUUCGCUUUUGAAGAACUUCAUGUCUUACAUUUUACGGAAUGGAGUAAUACCAGCAGCCAAUGGUAAGUGUUGUGUUUGGAUUGUUUCCCCAUCACCACUGUUACUUAAUGGUCCUAGUUUCUGGAAAUUACAGAAAAUCUUUUUUGGAGAAUGAGAAGUAGUAGCGAUAGAGCUUGUAUUUUCGUCACCUGGCGUGACGUGUCGUGAUUGGUAUCACAUUCUUUAUGGCAAAUACUUUAAGGAACAUACUGCUCCAAUAAGAUUAUAAGAUGCUUGAUGCUUUGCACUAGAAUGUCAAUCUGGUUGUCUUGUCAGAAGACCCAGUACAUACUGUCAACUACUGGUAAUUUGGAUUUACAAGACCAUGUGAACAUGUCCACAUACAACUGCUGAUAAAGGAGUGCUUAUUCUUUCUUUCCUUUCCUUCAAUGGAUCUGGUGUAUAUUUCCUUUCAGAGUAAGGCAAUAAAGUUAUCACUGGUUAAUGACUGGAGGCAUUGGCUCUGGAGACUCUUUGUACAGUUAAUACUGUAAUAUUCUGAUGAGUAUGUAGUUACGUGACAAGAGAUAACUCCUGCAGUUCUUGUCUGUAUUGCAUUUCUAACAACCAUUUAUGGUUUAUACAGCAUUUACAGAAUAACAAAAUUGUACUGGGCAUAUAAAGUGUAAAAUCAGGAUAACGGUACUGCUCUGCUUCCCAGCAAGAUAAAGAACCCCAAAAUAAAAUAAAGAUGUUUUAAAAUGCCCUUUCUUCAGCAGUAAUAUAUGACUUGUGAUCAGAUUUUAAAUGAAAGCAAUGGAUUAAACUGUGUAGCCAGCAUGGUUAGAGUGUUGGACUAGGACUUGGGGAACCAGUGUUCAAAUCCCUACUUAGCCAUGAAGCUCACUGAAUACCCUUGGGUCAGUAUUUUUCUCUCAGCCUAACCUACCUCACAGGGUUGUUGUGAGGAUAAAAUCAAUGGAGGAGAACCACGUUAUGCCACCUUUAGCUCCGUGGACGCAGGAUGGGGUAUAAGGCUAAUGGUAAUAAUAAUAAAGUAUUACUGCAAUCAUAACUGCAGGGCCUGCUGUUAAAAAACAAUAGUGCUUAGAAUCUCUUCUCUCUUUUAUUAAGGUAAACUGAAGGAAGGACUUCCUCUCUCUAAAAUGGACAGCAUGAUGCUUGUGGAACCUGUUGUCACAGUUCACCAGGUGAAAUUCUGCAGUGCCCACACCUGUCUGUCCUGUGUGCCGAGAGAGAGUUGUUUAGGGUGAUGUGAUGCAAGUUCUGAAUCCUGGUGGGACUUGUCAUCAGAAUGUUGCCGUGUUCUCACAUCCUAGGGCAGGGGUGCCCAAAGUUUUUUCAAAGAGGGCCAAUUUGAUGAACUGAGGGCUGACCAAAGUUGUAUACUGCCACAGGGGCCGGAUUAAAUCAUCCUAGGGUCUUCAGGCUGCCUGACUCACAGGCUGAAGAGAGUCCCUUUAAAUAAAAGGGAAAAAAGGUUGUACAUAGAGACAAGCAUUUCGACGAACUCUUUGCAAUUCAGAGAAAGGUUGGCCAGCAUUUUUCAAAGUGACUCAUUGUGGAAGAAAGACAAACACUUUCCUGUGUUUUUGUAUUUGUUGGUAUCCUGGUGUAAACAAGCCAAUGUUCAUAAUUCGUAUUUUAAAAUCCAUAUGAACUGUAAGGAAACAAGCAAUACACACUAAAAACAAUAAUUACCAAAUAAGCAGUGUAUUGUUAGCAAAAAGCCUGAUCAACAGUUUCUGAUGACCACCAUAUUUACAUCUUGACUUCUCCACUCUCGUUAGUUGAUUAGCUCUGUUUUACAUUGUUUCUCUGAUCAUCACAUAACCUAAAGAGAAUUUCUUAGUUUAUUCAUGACGGUAUCUUCACAAGAACCCUAGAAUACUUUCUGAGCAACCAGUAACCCCAGCUAAAGUAAACAUGGAUUAUAGACCUUUGUGUGUUUAAUAGAAGUCUUUUUCGAAGCCUGCAAACUUCCAGGCUUCACUUGGACCAUACAAGUUAGGGAAGGCUUAGCAAAGAGGGAAGUGACUGCAAGCAGUAGAUGGAAGGGAAACAUCCACCACCCCAACGGAUCUGUUUGACUCAACUGGCUUUUUAAUAUAUUUUCUCCCUCUCAGAGCAAUCUACAAAGCACAGCUGCUGUGCAACAGCCUUCCACUUUAUUGACAUCCAUGCCAGUUGUGCAUCAGCAGUACUUACUCUCUUUCUGUUAAAUGACAAUGUAUGUCUAACAUUCAGUUCACAAUGCCUCUGAAGGUGUAUUAGCCAUGGCCAAGCCAUUAGCAAGCUGCAGCUUGUGGCAACUUCAAAUAAAUGUUUGUAUAUCUUCUCAGGGCUAUUUGCUGAUUUCCACCGACCUAGAGUAUGAUGAAGAAGGGGACCAAGCAGAUUCCGAAGGCUUUUUCGUUAUAGAUGCAUGA